AUGAAAAAUCCAGCUUGGGCUGCUGAGUGUAACCAGAUCCCGUGGCUUUUUGGAGAAGGAAUCCCCCGCGGUGCUCCAGCUCUUGCCCCGCUCUGUGUGCGAUGGGGACGGGAAUCAGAGCCCCGACACCCUGCCCGGUGCCAGGGGCAGUGCCGGGGCCGGCCUGGGAGCUUGGCUGACCCCGGGGGGCUCAGCUCUAACCCCGUUUCUCUUGCAGAGGUGGCUGAGCCCUCGCUCCCUGUCCCGAGGCCGAUCCCAGCGCUGUCCCCGGCGGAGCCCCGGCCGCCCGCCCGCCCCGCGGUGCCGAAGAAGGAGAAACCCCUGGGAGGUGACAAAUCCCCGGCGGUGCUGACGAAAGGCCCCCGGGCCGAGCUCUGCGGCGCUCCCGAAGCUGUGACAUGCCAGCCCCAGGUGCGGCCACCCCCGCAGCCCCCCGGGCCCUGCACCCUCCUGCUGCCCAACGGUGCCGGGCGGGGGCCGGACCCGGCCAGUGCCAACGGGGAGACGGGGAACGGGACCUGCCGGGCCGUGCCCAGUGCACAGAAACCUCACCGAAAGCUGCAGUCACACCACUCCAUCAACAGCCAGAGCAGCAAGAAGAGCAAGGGCAGCUCCAAGUCACCCUCUUCCCACAUCCCCAUUGAGGCGCAGGAAGACUGCUGCGUCCACUGCAUCCUCUCCUGCCUCUUCUGCGAGUUCCUGACCCUCUGCAACAUCGUGCUGGACUGUGCCACCUGCGGCUCCUGCACCUCCGAGGACUCCUGCAUCUGCUGCUGCUGCUGCAACUCGGGCGAGUGCGCGGACUGCGACCUGCCCUGCGACAUGGACUGCGGCAUCAUCGACGCGUGCUGCGAGUCCGCCGACUGCCUGGAGAUCUGCAUGGAGUGCUGCGGGCUCUGCUUCUCCUCCUGAGGGGCUCCCCUGGGCCGGGGGACCCGCGCUGGGACCCCCCAGGCUCCCCCCCAGCGGGCGAGGCUCCGGCCAGUCCCUCGGGAAAGCUCGCGGAGGAGGAGAGCGAAUCCCCGGUUGGAAUCCUCGUCCUUGGAGCCGGAUCCUCGGGAAGGGUGAACCCAGGCACGGAGGGGGCUCUGGCAGUGUCCUGUCCUGCUCUACCUCUGCCUGCACCGGGGCACCGCGGGAGCCUCCUGCCACCUGAGCCGAGAGCAGGAGCACCCGUCCUGCAGAGCCACCCUGGGGUUUUGGGGACAGCCCUGUCCUGCAGAGCCACCCUGGGGUUUUGGGGACAGCCCUGUCCUACAGAGCCACCCUGGGGCUUUGGGGACAGCCCUGUCCUGCAGAGCCACCCUGAAUCCCAGCCUUGGGGACAGCCCUGUCCUGCAGAGCCACACUGGGGUUUUGGGGACAGCCCCGUCCCGCUGCCACCGCCCCAGGACUGCACUGUGGGCAGCCUUGCAGGGGGUGGCACAGAGCAUCCCCCCCUCCAGAGACAUCACCGAUGACACCUCCAAGGCUGGGUGACCCCGGGCACCGGGAGAUGCUGAAGCCUCCAGCCCGGCUGGGGGACACAUCCUGCCAGGGCCCCCCUGCCCUCGGUAGCCAAGUGCAAUACCUGCAGCCUGUCCCCCUCCCGGGAGGAAGCUUUACCUGCAGCCCGAGCCGUCACCGAGCUGUCACCAAGCUGUCACCGAGCUGUCACCCAGCUCCAUGUGUCCCAGGCUCGGUUGGUGCCAAAUGACCCCCAGCAGUUGCUGGCCCCGUGCCACCAUCCCGAGGACAGAGGUGGUGGCUGGGUUGGGGGUGGCAGACACGCCGCUGAUGGGCUGGGGAGACGGGAAGUGUCCCGGUAUUUUAUAUUAUUUUUGUUCCUUUUUACUGUAAAUAAAGGUCUUUCUUCAUUUCUGA